AUGUCAGCCCUAGGGAACCGUGGUACACUUGGUAUUCGAGCAGUAGCUCAGUCCACAGCUCUCACACCCGCUUGCUGUGUGCGAUCCUUCUCCGUGCUCAACCGUCCUCCGCCAAAGUAUCCCGGCCAUGUCCCGUUGACGUUUGUGGAACGUGGAGCCCUUGCUGUAGGCUCUGCGGUUGGGUCUCUUCUAAAUCCUCGACGAGGAGACCUCAUCGCCGCCCUAGGCGAAGCCACAGCAACGCCCUACUUCAUCUACCGCCUCCGCGACGCCAUGCUCUCUGACCCAACAGGCCGACGAAUCCUCCGCGACCGCCCCCGCAUAACUUCUGAAACUCUCCCACUCCCCUACCUGCGAUCGCUCCCCGAGAACUCUGUCGGCCGCACCUACGCCGCCUGGCUAGACCGCGAGGGUGUUUCCCCGGACACCCGUGAUAACGUGCAAUACAUUGACGAUGAAGAAUGCGCGUAUGUCAUGCAGCGGUAUCGCGAGUGCCAUGACUUCUACCAUGCUGUGACGGGGCUACCGGUCUUUGUGGAAGGGGAGUUGGCGCUUAAAGCGUUUGAGUUUUUGAAUACGGUUAUUCCGAUGACGGGGUUGAGUCUGUUUGCAUUUGUGAGGUUGAAGCCGGCGGAGAAGGAGAGGUUCUUUUCAUUGCAUUUGCCGUGGGCGGUUAGGGCUGGGCUUAAGAGUAAGGAGUUGAUUAAUGUUUAUUGGGAGGAGGUGCUGGAGAAAAAUGUGGAUGAGUUGCGGGGGGAAUUGAACAUUGAGGCGCCGCCGGAUCUAAGAGAGAUCAGGAAGAUGAUCCGGCAGCAGAAGAAGAGAGAGAAGGAGCAG